AUGGCUGAUGCAGAUGACACCCCUGAUGAGAUACCAACUCCUCCAGUACAAGCCAUGAAGGACUCAGUCGGUCCAAGCCUGAAGUCUACGAAACAGAUCGUCGAUGAGACCCCCAAAUAUUGCAUCAAAGGCAACCUGAAAGAUUACUCUGCCAGAUCCAAGAAUGAUGCGUCAAAACAGGAUGUGGCGUUUAGGACAAGCCAAGAAAAAAAGGGGUAUGAAUGCACAGUUUGCCGAAAGACAUUCUACAGAAAAUCCAUUCUCAAGAAACAUCUGAAGAGACACGCAAGGCCAUACGGUUGCACGUUCCUCAAAUGUAAAAUCGAUUUUGGCAGCAAACACGACUGGAAGAGACACGAAAGCGGCCAGCAUUGCCAGGCUAAGAAGGACUGCAAUCGCGAUGGUAGGUUCUGGUGCGGCUUUUGCACCAAGAUGAUCGAGAUCAGUGACAUCAGCAAGCUGGGGACUGCAUGGGCCAAACGAUGUGACCACAUCGAUGAUCACUUCUGUGGUCGCGGACAGUCUCUGAAGCAUAUCAGCGAGUGGAAGCAUGAGGAUCCAAGUGGCACGAAAGCCUCCAGCAGACCUCACGAAACCGAGUCGGAUUCACUACUCAGAUCUGGAAAGUUGGUACAAAAAUCCCGCCAUGGACCUAAGGCGAAUGCUAAGCUAGAGCGGAGCAAUAAUGCCCAGUCCAAGCCUGAGAACAUUAAGAGCUACGGGGGUGUUGAUUAUACUCGCCGGGGAAAUGAGUACCUCAGCGGCAUGUUGAUGUCACAGGGGAAUACUAUUACCAUCAACGGCGAGGACUUUGUGGAGUACCGAGUGAUCGCGAAGAUAGACUUCGCCUAA